AUGGCACUGGUGAUGCUGUCCAGCCCUUUCUUGAGCAUCAAAAAAUCACUUUCCUUCCCUGAGGAGAAUACUGCCAAGGAGGAGGUAGUGGUUGAUAAGGGCGAUGAGGAUGCAUUGUUUGUUGUGCUGGGACAGGCUGAACUGGAGCUGGCACUGUUUGCUGGUACAGUGGCGGCAGUGAAGCUGGAGCAGAUUGUACAGCAACUGGCUGACGUUGGGGCUGCACAUAAGAAGGUGCGGGCGGUACAACAGCAGAUUGAUAAGGUGUUUGCAUGCAGACUGGUGCAGGCUGCACUGAGCUUGGCUGAUGCUGUGGCUGUACCUGAGGCUGGGCAGGCUGAGCAGUUGUGGAAGGCCAUGAGUCCGACUGUCGAAGUUCAGGAAACAGUCUUUGAAGUCUUGGAUGCUGUGGUCCUGGGAGAGAAGCUACACAAGCUAUGUUGGAUGGCUGCAUGCUCGAUUGAGAAGGAGCCCUAUAGCUCCUAUAAGGAUCCUGGCUUACAUGAGGUAUUCCUUGAGUGCUGUCUGCUGGUGAAGGAUGACCAUGCCUCAGAGGUGGAUAAUCAAGCACAUAAUCCUCCAAGUAGGUGGGCACCCGCUGGGUUUGAUCCUGUUAUGAAAGCAUUAAAGCAAAGUCUCUCUUUCACAGCUCUCUGCUCCGUAUCUGAAUGUGUUCAGCGUCAGUAUCACUUUAUAAAUGAGAUCAAGACCUGCACUGAAGCUCAGAGAUACUGCAGAGAGAAAUACACAGAUCUGGCCACCGUUGACAACAUCAACGACAUGAACGAGCUGAAGAAAAGUGUGAAUGAUGGAAGUGUUCAGUUGGUCUGGAUUGGGCUGCAGAGAACAGGUCAUUAUAAAUGGCAGUGGUCUUCAGGUGAACCUGCGCUCUAUCUGAACUGGGCUACUGGACAACCAGAUGGCAGAGAUGAUUGUGGUAUGAUGUUAAAUGGACAAUGGCAUGAUUUGCCAUGUAUGGAUAACCGACAUUUCAUCUGCAACAACACAAACACAGGACUCGUCUUUGUCAGUCAGACGAUGAAUUGGAGAGACGCUCAGAGUUACUGCAGACAGAAUCACAUUGAUCUGGUCAGUGUGAGAAACCAGAAUGAGAAUCAACAGGUUGAGCAGUUCAUUAGUGAUAGAAGUUUAUCUGGAUCACAUGUCUGGAUCGGUCUGUUCAGAGACUCAUGGCAGUGGUCAGAUCAGAGUGACUCCUCAUUCAGAUACUGGAACGCUGGUCAACCUCAAAAUUCACUUGGUGAAGACUGUACAGCUGCUGAACUGAAUGCUCAGGGACGAUGGUUUGACUGCUAUUGCAGUGAUCAUUAUCCAUUUGUGUGUAAUGAAGAUAAACUGAUUCUGAUCAAAGAGAAUCUGACGUGGUCUGAAGCUCUGAGAUACUGCAGACAGAAUCAUGUGGAUCUGGUCUUGGUUCAUUCAGAAGAGAUUCAGCGUGGUGUGAUGAACGUGGUUAAACGGGCGUCUACUGCGGCGGUGUGGUUGGGUUUACACAACUACUGCAGCAUGAACAUGUGGCUCUGGGUGAGUGGAGAGAUCGUGUGCUAUCACAACUGGGCUCCAGGGAACGGAACGACACGGGAAAACUGCAAACUUGAGAACAGAAAAGGAGCAGUUCAGUCUGGAGGAGAUCAGCGCUGGAUCAGCCUUCCUGAAUCUCACAAACUCAACUUCAUCUGCAGCAGAUAUUAAGAGUGAGAAACACCCUAAUGUGUUUACUUACAUUAACGGUUUUCAUAGGCUACUUCAUUAUUUUUCUGGUUUACUUUAUGUUUGAUUUGUUCUUUAGUAAGUUCUGAGUGAAUC